GGCGAUCACCUAUAAGAGGCGGCGACGACGUGACCCAGCCGUGAGAUCUGCCUUGCGAUUGCCCGAGGAAACAGCCCGCCUCUGCACGUCUCUCUUUCCGGUCUCUGUCACGGUCGUUCCUCUCCUGCUCACACCUAUGUCCGUCAAGGCCCAGGUCCGCGUGGUGGUGGCGAGCGUGGUGUGCUUGGUGCUGCUGGCUGCCGUGUGCGACGGAGCCUCCAUCACCAGUAUGUGCAUCAGGAACUGCGGGCAGUGCAAGGAAAUGUACGGCGACUACUUCCACGGGCAGGCCUGCGCCGAGUCCUGCAUCAUGACGCAGGGCAUGAGCAUCCCCGACUGCAACAACCCCUCCACCUUCAAUCGCUUCCUCAAGAGGUUCAUCUAAGGAAGCACCUUAAUAAAGCUCGAGUCUUGUCCCUCCGCCUCCCCCCUCUCAGCCCCGAGCGAGACAGCCUUCCCAGGAUCCAAGGCCUGUGACCUCGAGGCUUGGAGCCCCCCCACCCCCACCCCGCGAGCACGCUUCGUUCUCCUUCGAAAAAAAAUGUUGGAAUCGUGUUGUCGUCUCCUCUUAUCCUUCGCUUUCCUUUUUUCUCUUCAUGACUAGCGCUCCUCCGCUCUUCCUGAGAGGACGCCUGGCCUCGACGACAGCCUCUCCCUCCAAGGCGGGAUAGAGCGAGGUCAUGGUCUUCCCUAUUCUGCUUCUGAUUCCUCCUCUUUUUCCGCUCUCUCUGGAUGUCCCUUUCUUUCCUUCUC